AUGUUUUCGCGGACUGCAGCGACAGCCAUGUAUCCCCCAAAUCACCAGCAUCAAGGCCCGCGUCCCUCUCAGGGGAUGCCUCCUCACCACACCCCCCCCGUACAGCAGCUUGGCCAGAGCCCGUCGAACGUGUAUCCGCCUGGAGAGGCUCUUGCUUCCUACUCGUCGCAGAACGCUGGAGGCCUUCCUCAUGCCUCAGACUCGCAUUCUAAGACGCCCGCUCCGUCUCCCUUCUCGCACUAUUCGGGGGCCUCCGCCGCGGGGACGGCCUAUCCGGGAAGGGCGCCGGUGGCUGUUCCGGCGCACCCCGCGCGGGGUCACUAUGAGGUCCGUAGAGGGGCCUCUGAGAGGUCACACCAGGGCGCGAAAGGAGUGCGGCAGGCGUACCACGCGGCUCAGGAGUUUUCGAGUCUCCCGCACACAUCACCGAUUCCGCAUCAUGCGUCGCGGGGCGCUGCCUACCCGAUUCCCUCUCAGGCGUCGCCUCCGCGGCCUCACGAGAUCAUCGUUGGCAGCCCGGCGUCCUACGACCAUGGACGAAUGAGUCCGCAGAGCGGCGUACCCAGCGUUCCGGCUCACGCGCAGCACCCCUCCCAAGCCGUGCCGCAGACGCACACGCAGCCCCAUCCGCUUCUACCGCACCAGCAGCCGUACCCGAACGCAGGAGGUUCUCUCGGCAGAGAGGAGAGGCCAGACAGAGAUGACAAAUCGAGAGACGACGGAGUAGAGACCUCUAGAGCUCGGCUUCCCAUGGCUGCGCAGGCCAGCGAGCACGGCGAUGCCGGCUCCCAGCAAGUCGGGCACGUUUCUCAGCCUCUUGCCCAGCAGCCGUAUGCGCGUCCGCCCUACGAGGCGGCCCCCUCUGUCCCUCUUGUCGGCAGCGCUUCCUCGACGUCGGCGUCAGACGGUUUAGAUGGCUCCGCUUCGCUCUUUUCUGUGGCGGGGGGUCGCAGCCGGUCUCAGGCUCGGCCUCCGUCGUCCUGGAGCGCGGGCUCGGCUGGCGAGGCCCAAUGGCCUCAAAUGCCUGCGGCCGCGUCACGCUCUGCUGGCGCCACUCCACAAGGCAGUGACCUCCAGAGCGUUGACCAGGGUUUCGCGGUCCCAACUGUAGUUCACGGCAUGGCUUCCGCGGCGCUGCAGCCUCCGCGUCCCUCCGCACCUGCUCGCGACACGGCGGGUGGGGCGCCUGCGCCUCCUGUCACAGCCAACUCGUCGUAUCGAUCCCCACUCCGCGGAGCCGCGCACGCCGAGUCGUCCCCCCGCAGUGUGAGCAGCCACGCCAGCAGCCAGGACUCAAACGCCUCCGGAGAUCUCGCGUCAGCCGCAGGUGCCGGUAUGUCGCCUCGCCAACGCGCUGCAGCAGCCGCAGCGGCGUCUAGCUUUCUCCCAGGUGUGGGUUCCUUGUCGCCGUCCAGGGCGGCUGCAAGUGCGCGAGCAGAUGCGGCGCCCCGCCAGCAGAGCCCGUCCCUUGCAGGCCCCAAUAUGUUGCCUGCCCUCGUGUCUAGCGGCCAGAGGGUCGGGGGGUCGCCUCUGCCUCCUGAGCAUCUGGCGCGUCUGCUGCAUGCGCGGCGCGCGCGCAUUCGACGGAAUCCGCUGCUUCGGUACCUCGAGGGGUCGUGUUCCUCACAGCCCACUGGACAGUCCAAAAAGCGCGGGCGACCAGGCAGUGAUGACGCGGAUGGAAAGAAAAGCCGGAGCCCAGAGGAGGCGUCUUCUCUGCACGCGAAGCCGAUGAUUCGCGGCUGUCGAACCCCGAUCAACAUCGACCUUUAUUACGGCGGUGCGGAAAGACUCGGUCAAACGCCUGGGGGACUGAGUCCCGCUGGAGGUGGAUUCGCUUCAGGCGCGGCAAGUCUGUUUGGUUCAGCAGGCGGCGCGGCGGGGUCUGGCUCCGUGGCGUCUCAUGCACCGGGCGCUCUGAAGUCUCAAGCGCGAAGCGCGAUCGUUCUGAAAGGCUGCAGUGGGCUCGCAAACUGGACGAAGAACUGCGCGGAAGGUGGAGCGGGCAGGGAGGGAGGCGCACGAGGAGUCGUCCCCGGAGCGCGCAGCGGGGCUGGAGGAGACGACCUCUCGAGUCAGCUAGAUCGAGCUAAAGGCUCGCAGGUUGGAGCCGCGCCUUCGGCCGCGGCAGCAGCGGCUGCAGCGGCCGCCAAAGACGACUCCCUGCAGUGGUGUCAUCAGCAGAUACAGCAGGUGAUUCGGCAGCAUCCAGAGAUCUCUGCCGCAGCUGCGAAAAGCAGAGGCUAUCGACCCCUCUUUCACCAGAGCGUCCUCGCGGAGGCUGCCAUGACGGGCGGGAUAGGAGGCAUGGCACCCGCGAGCCCGUCAGGGGCGUGGGCUACGUACAACGGCGCCGGCGCUGAGGGCGCAGGGGGAUGGAAACAGUGGCGAGAAGCCGACGUCAUCUCGCCUGCUCCACAGCUCGAGGAGCUUCUUGUCGUGCUCGCGGCUGCUGUCAAAGUUCACGUCGCUGAGCUGAUGACUCUCGCCUGUGCGGCUGAGGCCGCUGAAUAUGCUGCCAGGGAUUUGCAGGGCGCUUCGCCCCUUGGCGCUGAUGUCAGCAACCUCCCGGAUCCCACGAGUUCGUCCGCAUUUGCAGGAGACAAUGACAGGCCGCGGCGUGUUCUAUGCGUUCGCCACAUCCUUGCGGCUGCAGCUCAGAUUCCUGCGCUGGACUGA